GUUACGUACAGCAAAUAAAGACAAAUUCAAAGUCUGCAGCAUUUUAAUGAGUACGGUAAUCGAUUAUGUCAGUCUUUAGAGUAUAUACGGUAUUUACUGAUAAGCGCCCAGUAGUUGGCCGCUUUUCCAAGCCAUUUGUUAUAUGUAAACGGUAUCGUAUUACCACCUGUCUGCACUGCCUUUAUGAUACACAUAGAAACUCUGCGGUCAUAAACACACUUUUAUGUGCUACUGAGUAGAAACAUUUUAUUGUACGAAAACAACUUUGCUCAAUAAAAUUCAGGAAGUUCGAUACACGCGGAAUAUUUACAUUUAGUUUUAAGGAGAAUGAUUCUCGGCUUAAGGAGAUGAAUACUUAUCUGAGUUUCAUAUUGCUGCUUCUGUGCGCAUGCGCAGCUGUCAACUUACUCUUUUACUCUCAUCAAAGUUUCCCAGUUCAACAUCAUCCUACUGAAAGUUUUGUCGACCUUGAACCAGAGGAUCUAACUUCUAGCGGGACAUUUCAGCCGGAUACCACAGCUGUGCGAGAGCAAAUACCGGGUACUACUCGCGCAAAGGAGAAAUGGUCAGGAACAGGAAGAAAAAGCUCUUUUAGAAAACUUCAUAACGCGAAUCAAGAUAAAAUGGACAGAAGUGCAACUAUUUUCAGUUUCUCAGUGAACAACCACACAGUCUGCAUUCGGAACACCUCUGACGAGAGUGAACAGUGGGAUCUUGUUGUUGUAAUCAUAAGUAAAGUCGACCAUUUCUUACAAAGAAACGCCAUUAGAAACACGUGGGCAUCGGAACUCAGUGAAAUAAAUGCAUUAGCUAUAUUUAUAGUUGGUCAAAGCGACGAUAACAGUAUAAACAGACAGGUAAGAAAAGAGGCGGAGCUUUACAAUGACCUCAUACAAGUGGAACUGAAGGACGAUUAUAAUGUAUUGACAUUGAAAUCAAUUGCCAUGCUCCAGUGGUUGGAUGAUUUUUGCUCGAAUUCCAAAUUUUACCUAAAAUCAGACGAUGACAUGUACAUCAAUAUAGGGAAUGUAAUACGAGAAUUUACACAAUGCAAAGAAGAGCGUUUCUUUCUUUGUCACGUGUUUAAGAAUGCACCGCCUAUUAGAGACCAGUUUUCAAAAUGGUACGUAUCUUCAAAAGAAUUUCCUCAGACCUUUUAUCCAACAUAUUGUUCAGGGACAGCCUAUGGUUUUUCAUCCUCUAUAGUGUCGGAUUUGUACAGAUCGUCGGCACAAGCAAACCUGUUUCGUAUGGAAGAUGUUUUCAUCACAGGUAUUGCUGCUGAAAGCAUUUAUAUCAAACAUGUUCAUAGUUGGGGAUUCUCUUUCUCAAAGAGGCAGCCGACCGGAUGUGCGUUUCAGAAUGCAUCGACCGGCCACGAAGUUACUGUGAAAGAAAUGUAUGUGAUAUUUGCUCAGCUUGAAAACAAGGAAAUAGAUUGUAGCACCAAAGAGAACCUGUAUCUCCUGAAAGCCGAAAAUGAAAAUUGAUACAUUUUUCUAAACUUCACGUAUGUACUUGAUAUUGGUAAACAACUUUAGUUUGAA